CGUCCACAGACAAUAGCAGAUCUGGCGAGACUCAAUCCUCAUCAAGUCUCUUCAGUGACGUCACGCAGUCUCGUGAUAUACAGUAUAAGACGAGAUGCUGCGAGAACCCUCGCCACUUUGUACAGCCUGGACAUUAUGUGGGGUUUGGUGCAUGUAGCUGCGCUGUUCUCAGCUCUAAGUUGCGUAUCUGCCUUGGGAGAUAUACCUAAGUGCGAUCCGGACAUCACAUCAAAAAGUGCGCAAGCUACGGGUAUCAUACCAUCGAUCCAAAAGAACGGCCAAUACUCGUACGUGGUCGUAUCCACGGACGAGGCAACUUUCAUGGGAAAAGACGUGAAAUGUAUUGGAAUAAACAUGGCUGACAGUUCUACAGCCCAAGUGUCAUACAAGCUGACAAACAUCUUGUUUGGAUUCGCCAGCGUGCCAGUAUUUAAAAUGAAGUUUCCUGUAAAAGAAGAUAACGGAGUCCUUAUACAAGAAAAUGGCAAGGAGUACAAACUGUACGUAAUGUACAUGAGUGAUGAUGGAGUCAUCUUCACCUACCGUUGCUGUGAUACUUGCACCGGCACAGAGCCUAACGUAGGCAUCGCAGUGGCUGACACCCUGAAGACCUCAGCUGCCACUCUAACAGCCUUCAACGCCGCCAAGGACAAGAUGAAGGAGCUGAAGUUGGACUCGGCUGUCUCUGAGUUGUCUCACUGUACUUGAGUAAUUUGGAAAUAAAGAUCAAAUCCUACUUGUAAAA